AUGGCUUCUUCUGAGGGCGUGCCCAAUGUAAACAUUCAGUAUUCGGAUUAUUUUGUGGGUCUGGAGGGUCCUGUGAAGUCAAGGUACCACGGAAAAAUAACUGUUUGUGGCUUCGACCCAUAUGCGUUGAGGAAAAGUGAUUUCUCCGAAAACAUCGAACUCCUGCCGAACGUUCAAUAUCCGGAUAUUGUCAAUUACUUGGUAGUGCAAACCUCGUGGGCUACAAAAACCCAAAUGAAGGCCUACAAAUCGAUGGAAGCGUACAAUUUCUUUGUGUCUGGAUGGGUGAAUACUCUAUGCAUGCGAUCUGUUGAUACCGAUAAAGUUGUUGUGUUCGCCAGAGUAAAUCACUCACAGAGAGCCCGGGACACCCCACUUAGAACAUGGUUUCUUGCAGAAAAAUGUGGAACUGUAAUUGCUGCCCAUUGUGAUUGCAUGGCAGGGUUAUGUGAAGGGUGUUCUCAUGUUGGGGCAGUGCUUUUUGCUGUGGAGGCUGGUGUUAGAAUUAGAGAUUCUUCCACAAGCACACAGGAAAAGAACAAAUGGCUUCUCCCCAGUCAUAUGAAAGAAAUCCCCUACUUGCCUGUUAGUGAGAUGGAUUUUACCUCUGCUAAAAAGAAGCAUGAAUUGAUGGUAGAAAAACAGGUUACUCCUAUGGCCACUAGAUCUAACCCUGGGAUCCAAAUAACCAGGACACCUGCUCCAACCCCAGAGGAGCAUAAAAAUUUUUUUACAAGUAUCUCUGGCUGUACAGUAAAACCAGCAGUCUUGUCCCUUGUCACACCUUUUAAUGAGCAGUAUAUAUGUAAAGAAAUUGACAAUAUACCCAAGCCCUUGCCCAUUAGCUUGUUUAAAGAAGAGUGUAUGCAGUUAGACUACAUGGAGUUGCUGCGGCAGUGUCGACAAGUAUCGCUUGAGAUUACACCUGAUGACUGUUGA